CCCUGUGCGUCUGGCCACCAAUUUGACGCAAAGAGCGUCCAAUAGGAGCUCUCGGAUUUUCCUACUAGCCAAAUUCGUCCCCUCUGCACCUAGACGCACCUAUUUCCGAUAGGCAGGCCGGCGCCGCGAACCCACGACAGAUCUCCCUAUUCUCGCCAUCUCUCUCACGGUCCUCUCCCCCUCCGGCGACUCCAGCGCCGCGCACGGCCGGCAAGGCGGCAAGCAAGAUGGAUUGGCAGGGGCAGAAGAGCGCGGAGAUGCUGAUGCAGGUGCUGCUGGUGGCGUCGGCGGUGGCGGCGUUCCUGGUCGGGUACGCGAUGGCCGACUUCCAGCUGAUGCUGCUCGUCUACGCCGGCGGGGUUGUCCUCACGACCCUCGUCACCGUCCCCAACUGGCCCUUCUUCAAUCGGCACCCGCUCAAGUGGCUCGACGCCGCCGAGGCUGAUCGCCACCCCCGCCCUCAGAUCAGCAGCGCACCAGCAACGACCGGGGGUAAGAAGAAGACCGGGAAGAACAAGUAGUCAUGUUACUUAUUGGUCCAGUGUCGCAAACAUGUUUUAUGAUAUUAGUUGCUGAACUUCUGAGUAUGACAUGGAUGUUGUGUUACCUGAAUGUGUUAUGAAAAAAAAAUAGCUUCCUUCUUUUGUCUGGAUAUCUGCUUUCAUCCUCUUGGAAAGCCGUAUCACCUAUAUGUGGUCAAUAUGGUCAGUGCCUAUCAAAAGAAAGGAAAUUAUAACA